GCUUUGGGGCGUGUGUCGGCUCGACCGUGUUCCGCGUUACCCGCCGUUAUACAGGUAGAGGCGCAGCGGUACGCACAACUGACAAUGGAUCGGCUGAAAAAGUAUUCGACGCGCGAAGCGAAAACGUUACAACACAUUUACGAGGUACGUACACCGUCGCGUCGCGUUAAUUGCGAUCCCGGUAAACCGCGUGGCUCUGAGCGGGCCACCGCACAAUAAGACGCCAAUCGCAUUGUAAAUUCCAAUUAAUAUUUAUCGGCCGGUUUCGUUUUCGAAUUUCCAUCAGUUUUUAUUGUCUAACAACAUGACAAAGACCACCGCUUGUUUCCUCGAAGAAUGCCGCACGUUGAACAUGCCGCGGCCGUCGAAAGCGACCGAGACCCGCAGCAGUGCGCGGCCAGCCCUGCGCAUAUCCAAAGACCGCGCCGCGUCCGUCAUACAAUCGUUCGAGUCCGCGUCCAGGUCGGCGUUCAUGCAGGUAAGCGCACGGGAACGGGUAACUGACGGGUAAACACCGGUACGCGCGGAAAGCGACGUCUUUGCGUUUCACGUACGCGCGGCCCGCGAAUCCCGGUACCCGUCCGACAUCGGGUCCAACGCUAUCAUUUUUACCGCGAUGUUAUCGAUCACGUGCCAUUAUCGAUGGGUUUCGGGACCGAUUGAACGAAAAUAAUCGCUCGUCAAUCAGUGCGGCCGAAUCGCAAACUCGGCGUGUCGAUUAGGUCGUAGGUGCAGCGGGCACGUCAAGUCUACGAGGGAAUCUCUUUCGAAACGAUUCGGAACGCCUCGACGUCUCAUUCCGGCUUACAUUACAGACUUCGCACAAUUUCGUUUUUUUUUUUUUUUUUUUUUUUUUUGGGGGUGGAGGGGGCUUCGGGUCACCGAGGCGCUUUGCGAGAAUUCCGGAGAUUCGCUGCAUAAUAAUAUCGGUGGUUGUUAUACAUAUUUGACAAUAACAAUUACAGCGUCUUUGCAAUGUUUUCAGACGUGGGACGAUUUAUCGGACGAGAUAAAACAAAUCGACGAGUACCGAAAGCUCACGUUCUACCUGCACGUUUAUUACACCAUAAUCGAAUGUAAAACGCGCGUCAACAAGCCUGACAUUUGCACCGACGACGACGGAAACAGCGAAAAAUGUGAAAGUUCGAUGGAAGCGUUUCGUAAGUUUCUAGUGCAAAGAGGUGCCGAGUUCAGUACGGAAACCGAGUUCUUACCGUAUUUCGCAUUGCCAUACGUGUUCAACCCCAUGCAACACCCCUCGUUUAAAAAUUUGUUCAAAGUACUUAUACCCGUGUUGUUAUUAUAUUAUUACACCGCAAAGUCUAAACUUGAUUCGGUAUUCGCAUCAACGUUUCUCUCGUUAUUUUAUAAGGAAAAUCGAUGGUGUGACUCGUUGACCAAACGUUUGGAAGAUUUCAUUUUGGACAUUGCCAUCAGCUCGUCAAUUACUUUGGUGCCCGGCAAAGACGCGCAAAAGCGAAAGGUGACGAAAAAAAAUUUCAAAAUGCUUUACAAGGAAUACAGACCACUCAACGGUUUGUAUUUUAAAACUAUAUGCGUCACGUGCGUACUGUUACGCAAACAUAAAUCAAUAUACUAACCGAAAACUGUGUAUGCGAUUAGUUUUAGCCGCUGAACUUUUAAACGCGUUGGAAAAUUCAAUACGAGGGCAAUCGAUUAAUUUGGAAAUUAUUUUGAAAAACUGUAACGCCGUUGUCGAAAGUGGCGAAGAUAAUGACGUUAGGUUUAUUUUUUUAAUAAUGCAAUUUAAUAGAGUACAACAGUAACGAUUUUUAUAGGAUUUAAUAAUUUAUAUUGAGAAAAUAAAAAAAUAAAACUUUUUUAAAGAAACGUAUAGUGUACGUAUACUAUACGUAGUAUAGUAAUGUUACUAUACUUUCGUGUACGUACGGAUAAUUUUUUUGAAAUCUCGAUGCACUUUUAAUAAUACUAUACUAUACUAAAACAAAGUAAAUAAUAGUAAGUAUUAAAUGUAUAGAAUUUCGGUUAAAAAUGGCUUAAAAAAAAAAAAAAAAUUUCUUUUUUUUCACUCUAAUACGACCUGUAAUUCAACUGUAAAAACUGUUUUGCUCGUGACAAAACAACUCGAACUAUAGACUUAAUUAAGAAAUCAAAUUUUCACCUCAGAAAAAAAACCAACAUUAUAUUGUACAAGUUUUCUUAUUUUAUAGUCAAAAUUUGUUUCUAACUUAAACCAUAUUCCGAGUAGUUUUUACUUCUUACUCCCACGAAACGGUUUUUCGUAAAAAAAAAUUUUUAAUUUCACGAUUAAAUAGGUAUUUGUACUUCAAUGUAUUUAAAAACGAAUUUGAAUAUUAUUGAGUAGAAAAAUGUUAAGAAAAUUCUACGUAACUUCAAAAAUACGAGAGGUAAGGCACGUCUUCCUGAUAUUUUUUCUAUUAAUAGUUACUACAAUAUAAUAUUUUUAUAUACGUGUAACAAUGUUUUUUUAUCAACGUAUUUUGUUACUUUUGUGCUCUGUUAAAAAGUAUAGAACCUAUGAUAUUAUUCCGAUAAUAAUUGUGUGUUUAUAUAUUAUUAUUACAUUAGCAAAAUUUAGAUAUUAUAGAUAGUCAGUUCGAUUUGGCAGUGUACAAAAUCAAACUCGAGCUAAGAGACGGCAACAGUACUAAGAACAAAUUGCUUAUCCUACAAGCAUUACGUUGGGUUAGUAUAAGAAUUCAUCAUUCGGUGAAUGUCAUUUUUCUGUACCUAUGGUAGAAUUUUACAUUUUACCAAAACUAAGUGGAAAAAAUUGCAUUUUGAAAAAAAAGUUUUAAAACACUAGUUUUUCUUCUCACUUACAGACUUAUUAGAACUGAAAAUGAUUUUAAUCAUUGGCGUGAGAUAAAAAUUAGUUCGUUUUGUAUAUAAUUACUAUUAAAGGAUUUGUAUCAAAGAGCUUGUCAAAUUUGUACUAUUAUUAUUUAUAGUAAUUAUAAGAAACUGAAUUUACAUAAUUCCAUUCUGGUAGUUAAUUGUUUAAGCAUGUACGGAAAUAUAUUUUACAUUUCAUUUUUAAAUUUUCGUAGUUUCGAAGCCAAUUUUCAUGCGGUUUUUUAAGUGAUUAAAUUAUAAGUGGAAAGGGAAAUACAUGUUUUAAAAACUUUCAAAUUAGGUUUUAUUUCUUCGAACAUUUUUAUUGAAACGCUUUUCUUGACGAGUGCAUUUUAACCAUUACCUUUUUUCAAACUUUUUGACUAAAAUAAGUACAUUUCAACAUUAUUGUUAUUUUCAAAAGAUGAAAAUGAUUUUAAUUUUUACUCGCCCGCAGUGUCAAUGAAUUGAUUCAAUAACGUAAUCGAGUACCUAUGUCAGCUGUAUUAUUAAUUAAUUAGUUAGUUAGAUUUUAAAAAUUGUCACACAAUCUGAUUUGAAAUAAAAAUCGGUUUCAGAGGUUGACUAAAUCGGAUAAUAAAACCGACACGGUCAUCAUGAUACGAAAACACGACAUACUGGACCUGAACAGAUCGAAAGCCGACCGGGGUCUCAUGAAAUGGUUGACGAUGACCAACGGGCCGCACCCACUACAACAAAUGAUAUCGAGAUUAUUAAACGCUCUGGCGUCUUUCCACAAAGGUCGCAGGUACUUAGCAAGCUCUCCGUUUCUGUUACGUCUGAUCGUCAUCCAACUCAUAUCGUCCCAACAUUUCUGGGAUGCGAUCACGUGCAACAUGUUGUUGGGAACGUUGCAAAAGCUCAGUACCGGGUUAGUAUAAUAAUUGAUAAUGUAUAUUAAUAUCGCACUACUUCAUCAGCAUGGCGACAACCAUUUACACGCGUUAAUACACGAGUUACGAAUCUGACCCGUGUUUCUCUGCAACCAGUAACUACACUGAAAAAUAUUAUUUUAGAUCACGAGAACGAAAACGAAUGGUCGAAUACGGCCUGUCUACGUGGUUGGCCGACCAGCUGGUCCGGAAGAGCGAAUUCACGGGAGAUCGGAACAAAUACGAGAUGUACGAUCUGGAAUACAGUUUAGCGCUUUUCAUGAAUCUCUGCCAAUGCCGGUCGGCCGUUCGGGAUUGCGGUUCACGUUCCCGGAACUUGUUCAAGAGCUUCAACGUUUUUAUGUCUUCGCUGGACGUGGAUGUUAGCAUAUUCGUUCCUAUUAUACCUAUGGUUCAACCGUGACCGUAUUGAUUUUACUAUGAAGUGUGUGUGUGUGUGUUUUGUGGGUCUGUAAACAACUUUUCGACCAGAAAUCUUGCUCCAAUCAAAAACUUUAUAGAAACUUUCUUGUAGCACUUUUUAUCUUUCUAAUGCACUAAAAAUGUCAGUUUUUUGUCAGUUCUCUGUAGGUUUCUUAAUAAAUGGGGAAAAACUAAAAAAAAAAAAAUAAUAUUUUGUUCAGAAUCGUUUUUUGUUAAAAAUAGUUUAUUUUUGCGUAAUUAUAUGAAUUAAAUUACUUUAAUUAUCUUGUCUUCCAAUAUCCCUCCCAAAAUCACAAUAGCUCAGCCAUCGACGGUAUCAACAUAGAUUUUUUUCUUUUAAUGUUUUUAGAUUAUGCCGUGUAUAGCCGGAAUACUUUAUAAUUUUUUCAAAAAUCCUCACAUGAUCGCCGUGGCCAAAGAAGAAGGACUGGUGGGUGUUAUCGAAAGGACGAUCGAAAACAACAUUAACGCGUACCCGUCGGCGAUCGAACAGUUGGUUGACGUGAAAAAUAUAUUAUUACAAAAUAAACAUAACAAUGUGAUGAAUUUGUCGGAUGACGAUGAAGACGAUGACGACGACGACGAGGUCGACGACGAAGACGACAGCGGUAACGAAGGAGAGAGCAACAAUUUUGACGAUAAUGUAAUUAUUAAUAUAGCCAGGGAUAAAAAAGAUACUUUAAAAUUAGUGUCAAAAUACCAGAUACUAUAUACAUUAUUUUAAGUAUUCAGAUAUAAGAUACUGGGUACUCAUUUCUUUAAGAUUCAAAUUUAAAUUUAAUUUUUCACCGCAUGCAGUAUCUUAUAAGGCCCAGUGGUUUUUAAUGAUUUGAAACUUUAUUUCCAACAAUUUUCCAUAUUUUGGUACAAUCACUUUCAAUUUUGAGUUAAUUUUUUUAAAAAUCAAGGGAUAAUAAACCCCCCUGCCUUAUUUACAAGAUGCUUCAACAUCAGUAUUUAGAUACAUCGAUUUCAGUGCUGCAAUACAAGAUAUUUUAUAAUAUAGAGUGUAUGAUUCUGUUAAACUUUUUCUGUAUUUUUGUUUUUUUUGUUUGUAUGUCUCAUGCAAAUUCUUUUUUAGCUUUAUACAUUUUUAUUAAACAGAUCUAUUUCUAUAUUAGCAAUACAUUUUAAAAUAUUCUAAAACGCAAUAAUAUUUUUAAUUCUGAACGUAGCAAAAACACAUAUAUCAUUGUGGUUUCAUUUCUUUUGUUCAUUGUCUGUUAAAAAUGUAUUUAUUCACCAGUAAUUUUGGCAUCAUGCUCUAAUCGAAAAAUGACAAGAAAGCUUUUCAGAGCCAAUUUUAUGUAAUUGAUAUAUUCAGUCGUUAAUUUUUUGAUUUUCUUUGUAUUAAUAAUUGAGAAUAAACUACGGAUAAACAGGACUGCGCUUUAGUUCAUUAGUAAACACAGGUUCACAUAUUAUACUGGUCUUGACAUCUUGUUCUCAAAACUCUUUGGUGUUUGAUCAACUCAGGUUGAAUCGAGCACUUAAUAAAUAUUAGUAAUAACAAAAUUGAAAAACAUGAUUUUUUUUUUUCUGUAGGAAGACAUCGACAGUUUAGAAGCUGAACUUGACGAAGACGAUCCGCUCAAGAUCCAACCGAAUGGUGAAGAUUUUCUCGCCAACUACAAAACGAUAAACCACAAAAACAACGCUACACCCGAUCAACACAAUACUAACAAUAAUAAUAGUAAAUAACAGUAAUAGUAGUAAUAAUAAUAACAAAUAACAAAUAAUAAUAAAAUGUAUAAGAAUCGGACACAACGACACCGCGAUAAUAAAUAUAGGCAACUCAAUAUACAUUACACGCCUAUAACUUUUAAUAAUCUCUGAAUAAUGCGUACAUGUUUAUCCAUUUAACUUGUACACUCAAUUUAUUUGGUUUAGAUUAUGGAUGUAACGACGAAGCUAUUAGUUUACUAAGUGGUGAUAUUUUUUUUUUCGGUUUGUAAAAAUGCUUCAAAUUAUUAAAUUAUUUUGAUAAAGCGCUUCAGCCGAUGCAAAGUAAAUUUAUUUAUGAAUUAAAACAUAUUUUCGUUUUUAAAAAAUGAAUUGCUGUGAGUACCAACAUUUUCGUCAUGCAUAUAUUUAUUUUACGUUUAUAAAUAACGUAAAGACGGCCGUAAGCUUACCCUUAAAUGAGUAUGAGGCAGUAGAUUAGUGGAUAAUUAAAGUAGUCAUUAAAAUGAAAAACAAAAUUCAAAUUGUAUAAAAUUAGAGACAGUGUAGAAAACCUAACUAACUUUAAAAAUAUUGAUUUUUCACUCAACAGUACUUUAUUUUUAAAAAAAAUGUCUAGAUUACCAACAGUUUUUCUAAAAAAAUUUAAAUUAUAUAAGUCAUAUGAAAUGCUCUGUGUGUUCAUUUGUUAUGUUAUGUAUUGUUAUAUUAGUAACGCUGUUAACUAUUUAAGCUAAAGCAAAUUUGAAUAUUUAAUUAAUUUAUCAACUAUAUUCAAGUAAAUUUUUGCAUAUAAAAUGGUUAUUGGCAAAAAUGACUGAACCUAGAAUAUUUAAUUUUUUUAAAACAAGGAUGAUCUAACAUCAUAGAACGCGAAGAAGUUAUUCCAGGAAUAUCAAAUUUAGCUUAUUUCAAAUUCGAAACUCCGUGCAUUUUAUUGAGUAAAAUAAAUUUAUAUUAUCUAUUUACGAUUUUAUUAAAAUAUUUUAUGGCUUUUACCUACAUAAUAUAAGAAAUUUAAAUUUCCUUUACGUGAUUAUAAUAUUCAAAUUAACUCGUUAUUUUAACGUUGUAUGCCUGUAGUAAUUCAUAAAGUUAAAGCAAUACAAAAUAGGUUAAGUUUACAAAAAAUUAAAGGUUAAAUGUAAAAAUUACCUGUUAUAUAAGUAAUUUAAAAAAAAAAGCCAGCAGAAAUCAUAUGAUUAUAUGACUUUUAUGAGUCAUUUAGAACGAUCAUUUCGGUUAGGCUAUUUAGCAAUUUAGCUAAUAUGUUAUUAUAUUAUCAUUUAGUAAUUUUCAAAGUUAAAUUUAUUUGUAUUCAAAACUAUACAAAAUUCACUUAGGCCUUUCUUACCUGGGAAGAAAUUUAAAUUUGUUUUAAUUUACCAGAGCUAUUAAUAAUGUUACAGUUUUUUCAUUAUAUGCCCAUGUAUUAAAUUGUCAUAAUAUUAUUAUUUAUU